AUGAGGACCUCUCCGACGGGUGAAUCAACAGUCCCGGAUGAUUCUGUGGUCAUCAAGACGCGGCAAGGUAUGUUAAGGACAAACUACAGUGCUGCAGCGCUUGGUAGGACUGUUCCCAAUACCCUCGCCCUCGUCGACAAUACCGGAGGAGCAGGGGCUGCGGCGAAGACAGGCGGGGUACGGUGGGACCAGUCGAUCCCUGCUUCACCGCCCUCGGCACGGAAGACGACUGCUGCACCCAACGUCAAGGCGCUCAAGGUUAGAAUGAUCACAUGGAAUAUGCAUGAUUCCCUGCCCAAGGGUGAACUCGAAGAGCUGUUGGGCAAAGUCCCUGCGUAUGAUGGUCCAACGUGUCCUCCUGGGACGUUCCCGAUGCUACCUAUGGAGCCUGAGCAUCCGUAUCAUUUCGUCGUUGUUGCUGGGCAGGAGUGCCCUUCUUCUUCCGGACUACCCAUGGCGUUAGGGGCGGGUAUCAAGCAACUCAUAGAGCGUGAUAAGGAGAAGGAGAAAGAGAAAGACAAGGAGAAAGAGCGGGAUAAGGAUAAAGAGAAGGACAAGGAUCGCAACGACAAGCUCUCUCCCAAAGAACCUACAUCCGAAUUUGACGCAGCAGCAGCCCAACUCCAACGUCUCAAGGAGCAGGACAGUCAACUCGACGAUAUCAUCCUUCGGAAUAAAAAGUCGAAUGAAACCUCGGUGGAUACCCCUCCCGUGGGCUGGACGAGCAUUGUGGCGGACUGGCUUUGCAAUGGAGGCAAUUAUGGGUUGAUUAGGUCCAAGUCGUUCAAGUUGGGUUCGGCGCUGGAUGUUACUUCGUCCUCAAAACCGGUUGCGAAACGGAGGGCCACGUCGCUGAAGGAACCGAAUUCGAAACCAGGACCCUAUCAACUGUUGGUGAAGGAGCGUCUUCUGGGGAUAUACCUCGCCAUCUACGUUCACCGCGACUUGAAACCGCUCGUCAAAGGGGUGUCCAAGUCCGCUGUAACCGCAGGGCUGAUUGGAGGAAGGGUUGGUAACAAGGGUGGCGUUGGAAUUUCCAUCAACCUCGAUGGAACCACGUUGCUUUUCCUGAAUUCGCAUUUGGCAGCCCACGAGGGGCGGACGGAACUUGAGGUCGAUGACUUUUUGCCUGAGGAUGACCCGCGGAAACGUGCGGAAGACCUCACCGAUCGCUUUGACUUUACCUUCCUGUGUGGGGACCUCAACUUUAGACUUGACAUCACGCGCCUGCAUGCCGACUGGCUCAUCGCACGUCAAGACUAUGCCCAAGCUCUCACGUUCGAUCAGCUGCUCAAGUUGAUGAAUGCCGGAGCGAAAGAGUUCGCAGGCUUCAAAGAGGCCCCCAUCAACUUCCCUCCAACGUUCAAAUAUGAUGUAUUGCGGACGUUGAAGCGACCGAAGCAGACGGGUGAUGAUAACGACGAGUACGAUCCGGAUGCGGAAGGAAUGUCGGUAUCAUCCAUGUCAACGGCCUACUCCCGAGCGACGCUGGAUCUCCCUACUGUGCCGGCCUCUCCCGUGACCCCCACUGUCCCUACCUCAGCGAGCAAGGUCUCGUUAGGACAAGUCGCGCCGACCAGUAGAGCCAAGCUGAGGCUGUUGUCACUGAAUUCCCCCAAGCUAUCUCCCCUCUUUAAAUUACCGAAGCGGAAACCCACUCUCGAUAAUAUUCAGGUAUAUCCUGAUACCCCAACCACGCCUGGCUACAGCCCAUUGCCCUACACCCCGAGGACAGCCGAACCUCUUACGGCGGGCCCACGUACGGCCGAACCCACGAGCGUUUUGGGGGAGUCUCCGACGCUGAUGCCGCCACCCAAGAUACGGGUGGAGAGUAUGACUUCGAAUAAUACCAAUCAAAGUCAAGAUGAAGUCUCCGGAAUUGAAAAAGGUGUUUAUGACAGCUCCAGCAAACAGCGGGUACCUAGCUGGUGCGAUCGCAUCCUCUGGAAAACCACUGUUGAACGCGCUCCCACCCCGGCUGUAACUCCUGAACCUGUACUCGGAGAUCCUCAACUUCUCAGCGCUCCAGUUCGCAAACGAAAGCGCAAGCUCAGCACUCUCCUCUCCCCAUUCCUGUUCAAAUCGAAAACUGCUCGAGAACCGGAUGCUCCAUACACAGCCAAGAGCACAGCAGAUUCGAUCCCCCAUUACCUUCCCCCCUUGAAGUCUGCCCCUCCUCUGUCACAAAGCAUAUUCCCCUCUCAAACGCCACACUCUGCGGGGUAUCGAACUGAAUCUCCUGAGCCAGAAAGCCCGCCGCCACCUGCUUUGAGCUCCUCCGCGGCUCAGAAGAAACCAUCACGAGGUGUUUCUGCCACUUUCCCUCCAGCUCCACCACCCUCGGCACCAGCUGUCCCCGACAAAGCAGCUAACAGACGGUCGACAUUUGGGGUUUUGAUGAGCCCUUUAUCCGGCGGGGACUUUGCCACGCCUUCGCGAUGGAGGUUCCUACCCAACUUCUUUUCGCCUAGUAGUGCUAAUGGAGGGGGAUUGACUAUUGAUGUCGAGGAGCCUGUGACGCCGCUUGCCACACCUGCAGUUACGAUCGCGGGAUGA